CUCAUUUUCAGAGUUCAGGUUUCAUUCUUAUUCAAAAUGGUAUGUAACGAUUGUUUUUUCUUGGGGCUGCUCAGCAAUCCAUUUUGGAGUUGAAAGAGCGAAUCAAUUCUAAUCUUCGUGUAGGAGAAUCAGGUUAUGCAUGCUGUUGUUGAUAAGGUUCUGGGAAGAACUGGUAACACUGGUAACGUCACUCAGGUGCGCGUCACCUUCCUGGAUGCCUCCAAGCGUUCUAUUGUUAGAAACGUGAAGGGACCCGUGCGUGAGGGAGAUAUUCUGACCCUGAUGGAAUGGGAACGUGAGGCUCGUCGUCUCCGAUAAAUUGACAAAUUGCCAAUCGAAACCUGAAUGGUUCCAUGUUUGUUUUUAAACCCUAGUGGGGUGAAGAUUGUUACUUUAAGAGUUCUUACUCAGUGACUAGAGACUAUCAUCACACCUUAAAGAAAUACAUACGUCUAUAUAUAUAA